UGGCCGGACAGCCUCUCCUGGGCCCUGCAGCGUGAGCCUGUGGUGUUUGCCCACGACCGUAACUUGCCCGUGUGGAAAGGGACCUGCUUUACUGCCUCGUGCUUCUGGCGUGAGUCAGCUGAGCUUCAGGGGAAGGAGAAAGAGCGGGACGAUCGCUCGGGUUGUGACUUGAACUUCGCUGCAGAAAUUCCUCAUAAUGGCUCCCUGCCAAAUGCAGCAUGAGUUAAUGGAUUUGAAUGGUAGCUGUCUUAAUCGAUGUACUUGCCUGCUUACCACAUGAGGAAAAGCAGCACUCGUGAGUGAUUUGGUUAUUUGUCAUGUGUCUACAUUUGUUCAUGCUUUGUCUCUGAGCUCUAUUUGACUGAAUACAGAAAGGGACAAUGACAUUAUUUGUUUACAAAUAGAGGUAGUGCUUCCUUCAUAUUUGCACAGCUGCACCUGCUAUAUAUCAUAAUGGCUUUCUGGGAUAGGAUUUGAAGGUAUGAUGUUAAUGCAUCAGCUGACACUGCCUGAAAUGCAGAGACCUCUAAAUGAAUUCACUGAUGCGUGCAAAUAAAACUCCUUCAAUCUUGAUUUGAACAAGGUAGGUGCCCUUGAAGAGUUCUCGUACUUAUUGCUGGGCCUUCUCUGGAUGCUUUGGCUGACAGUCAUGAAACUGCUUUUUUCACACGGCUGCUUAAUCCCCUUGUUAGAGUUUUAAGGAAAAGCCUAAGCUAAACUACAUCUAAAGCCUCUAACUCUCAAAACAUGUAUGAUGUGUUAACCUCUCCAGUGACUUGAUUAUUUUGCUUUAACUUCCUUCCUCAGUUCUUCUGUGGCCAGGUCAUAAGAUAUUCUUAGACUGUAGUGCAGAAAUACUGACCUGCCUUUGAAUAAGUGAGCAUUACUACUGGAAGUGUUUGUAACAUGACAGUCCUGAGCUCACUGUGGUGUUUCUAAUCCUGUCGAAAAUAUAAUAUAGACCUACCCUUAGACUGCUCAUAAAUGGUAGGUACUGUUUUGGGUUUUUUGACUAAAAUAUUGUGCAUAUCUAUAAUUCUCUGUAAAUACCAUGGAAAACAGAUCCAGCAGUUUUAUCUGUGUAAAUUUCUGAUUUCUAAGCAUGUGUUUCUAUUAAGUUUCUUUUUACCUGGUACUGCUGCAAUGGCUUAGCCUGGAUUACCUCCUGAGCAUUAAACUGCCUGGACUGUGGAAGAGGGUAACAAACAAACAGGGGGAAGAAAACCAAAAGAUGCCUAAUAUCCAGAAGAUUUGGCCCAUUAUGCUGAAGAAAACACAAAGGCUGAGACUUGGAGAGAGGACACAACUGUGAGAAGUCUAAUGCCAGAGCACCAGGAAUGGGCAAGGUGGAAUAUAUGUUAGUAAAAUUUGACCAUGAGAAUAAGAAGGUACGCUUGGUGCUAUGUGGUGAAGAAGUUCUUCAAACACUGCAAGACAAGGGGGAAAAGGUAAACCCCAAUCACCCAACACUGUGGCGACCAGAGUAUGGAAGCUAUAUGAUUGAAGGGACACCUGGACAGCCAUAUGGGGGAACGAUGUCUGAAUUUAAUACCGUACAAGACAACAUGAGGAAAAGAAGGCAAGAGGCUGCUUCUGUGCUUAAAGAAAAUGAGGCUGUUUGCACUGUGACGUCAUUUCCAAGGUUAGGGUGUCCUGGAUUUACACUGCCAGAAUGUGAGCCAACACCAGUAGAAGGAGGAGCAUCAAAAUCCCUGUUUUUUCCAGAUGAAGCCAUCAAUAAACAUCCUAGAUUCAGUACACUGACCAGAAAUAUUCGGCACCGAAGAGGAGAGAAGGUCGUGAUAAAUGUACCAAUAUUUAAAGAUAAGAACACGCCAUCACCAUUUAUAGAAACAUUUCCUAAUGAUGAUGGAGAAGCAGCAAAAGCGGCUAAACCAGACUAUAUAUAUAUGGAUGCUAUGGGUUUUGGAAUGGGAAACUGCUGUCUUCAGGUAACAUUCCAGGCUUGCAGCAUUUCUGAAGCAAGAUACCUCUAUGAUCAGCUAGCCACAAUCUGUCCAAUUGUGAUGGCGUUGAGUGCUGCAUCUCCGUUCUACAGAGGCUAUGUGUCUGAUAUUGAUUGUCGCUGGGGAGUAAUCUCUGCAUCUGUAGAUGAUCGAACACGAGAAGAGAGGGGGCUAGAGCCACUGAAGAACAACCAUUAUAGAAUCAGUAAAUCCAGAUAUGAUUCCAUAGACAGUUAUCUAUCUGAAUGUGGUGAGAAAUACAAUGACAUUGAUUUGACAAUAGACAAAGAUAUCUACGAGCACCUGAUAAAGGAAGGUAUUGAUCACCUUUUGGCACAGCAUAUUGCACACUUGUUCAUUCGAGACCCAUUGACUUUAUUUGAGGAGAAAAUACACCUAGAUGAUGCGAAUGAAUCUGACCAUUUUGAGAAUAUUCAGUCUACAAACUGGCAAACAAUGAGAUUUAAACCACCUCCUCCAAAUUCGGAUAUUGGAUGGCGAGUGGAAUUCAGGCCUAUGGAGGUCCAGUUAACAGACUUUGAAAACUCUGCUUAUGUUGUGUUUGUGGUAUUGCUUACCAGAGUGAUUCUGUCGUACAAACUAGAUUUCCUCAUUCCUUUGUCCAAGGUGGACGAAAACAUGAAGGUGGCCCAGAAAAGAGAUGCUGUCCGUCAGGGGAUGUUUUACUUCAGGAAGGAUAUUUGUAAAGGUGGAAAUGCUGUUGUGGAUGGAUGUGGCUCUGCACAGAAUGGCACAGGCACAGACACGGAAGAGUACGCCCUAAUGAGCAUUGAUACAAUUAUCAAUGGGAAGGAAGGAUUCUUUCCUGGUUUGAUCCCAAUUUUGAAUUCUUAUCUUGAAAACAUGGAAGUGGAUGUGGACACAAGAUGCACCAUCCUAAACUACCUGAAGUUAAUAAAAAAGAGAGCAUCUGGAGAGUUAAUGACAGUUGCCCGAUGGAUGAGGGAAUUUAUCGCACAGCAUCCAGACUACAAGCAAGACAGCGUGAUAACUGAUGAAAUGAAUUAUAGCCUUAUCUGGAAAUGCAACCAAAUUGCACAAGGCCAGGCAGAGUGUCCUGAACUGUUGGGAGUAGGAUUUAACAAGAAACCAAGUGGAAACAAAACUGACUCUUUGUAAUGAAUGUGUCUUACACAGUAGAAAGUUUUAAGCAUUUUAGCAAAGCACUAGCAAUGGUACUGUGAAUCUGGUACAGUUUCAUGGUGUGAAGACCAAAACAGGUGAUACUGCACUAUAAAAUGGGCCAAUCUGCCUAAUUCAUUUAAGGCGUCCUAAAGUGGGCAUAUUCUUUAUUGUUAAGGUUUAUACAAUGUACAUGUAAAUAGUAAAAUAUUUUUAUGAUUAACAUCAAUGUAUUUUAAUAACAUUGUAUCUAAAGUUAUUGUGAAUUAGCUUGUAACUUUUUUAUGCUUAUUCUAGAAAGAAAAAAUUGUUCUGAACAGCUUUGUAAAUGUAAUGGUACUUGUAUAUUAUAUGCAUUCCAGUUACUGAAUGUUUACUGUAAUUUUUCUAACCUGGAAUGUGCUAAGUAAUCUACCUUAUUGUAAAAAAAACAAACAAACUUUCUGGACCUACCUGAUUCAUAGAGACUUCUCCUUCCAUUCUGGUUUUGAAAGUGUAUAAGAAUAUAUAAAUGCAUGUGCAUUCUAUUUGUUGAUCUUUACAGCAAUUUCUCGGUUGUCACAAGACCUGCAUUGGGGAGGAGUUGGGAGGAACUGGUCUGUCUUCAUUCAGAUAACACAGGUGUGUCUGUUGUCUGAUAACUGUAGUCUUAGGAAAGGGCUGCCAUAUUCUUAUGUGACCUGCAUUCCUGCAUAAAAAGACUAACAUAAAUGUAUCCUCUCCCAGAUGCAUGGUUGUUCUUUUCCCCCUCUCAAGUAAAUUUGUGCACUAUCAUAGUUCAAAAACUUGCCCAAGUAGUGUGUGAUUUUAAAAAGGCGGUAAGGGGAGAAGGUGGAGAAAGAGGAGGAAAUGAGAGCUGAAACAAGGAUCUCUUUACAAAGGAACCAGAGACUCCUGCUCUGUUUUGUGGCACUCCUUAACUGCUGUUUUGCCCCCCCUAUUGCUGCUAUUUAGUCAAUAAUGACCGCAGCACAAAACCAAGGACCUGCUGAUGCUUUCAGGUUGAAUCUCUCCUUUGUCCCUCAUUAUUACAAGUAUUUUUGUCAGCAUGUUUAUUUCCUAUAAAGUACUUGAUGUAGAGAGCUGAGAUGCCUCUAUAGCUGUAAGUAUGGGUGACUUAAUCCCCUCUAUAAAAUUAAUCAUGAAGUGCACUAAUCCUUUGAAUUGGGAGUCGGUGCUGGGAGUGAUUGCUAAGUAUUUAAAACUUAGCCAUUGCAACUGUAAAUAAGGCAAACUUAUGGGGCCUUUUUAAUUUAGCUUCUUAACUGGCUUCAAAAAAUGAUUUGUGUUAUGGGUAGAUUAUGCAAAGCUUCAUGCAAGCAUAAAUAAGUAUCUAAGAUGUAAUAAUUUUUAAAAAGAACUAAUGGAGAAACUGCAGGGAAGGUGCACUAGAAAGAAGCUUUUAUGUACUGACAUUAGAAUUUGUGCUGUGUUCCCAGGUGUGCGUUAGAGAAUAAAAGAAUGCUUUUUUCUGCUGUGGUGGAUUUGUUUUAAUCAAGCUGUAAAUGGCAGUCAUAUACUAAUUUAGUUUCUGGAAUAAGGAAAUGAAAAAUAAAAUUUGCAGUAUGUGUUGGUCA